AUGGAGUGCGCUUGCAAGGAUACUACCUGUCUCUUGCUAAGAUACUCCACACCCAACAGAGACCUCCUCGACCAAGUCCUCAGGAUCUGCUCCUCCUUCGACCUGAAGCUCAACCCGACGAAGUGCGACUUCUUCCUGACCGAAACUGUCUGGUGCGGUAACUUAAGGCGUCCAGCGCCCACCCACCGUGUCGUCGGCUGGUUUACGACCAAUAGGUAUAUCCAUAUCUGGGUCUCCGACAGCGACUCCCAUUUCAAGAACGCAGUCAUCGACAAGAUCGGCAAGGCCGUCGGCACCCACCACGAAUUCACGACCGCAUACUAUGUGUCACCGACUUCACUUCAUCCUGGCUAG